GUCAAAACAAAAGCGCAUUUCUGAGCCCAAACCCACAUUUACCAACCAACCCUAAACCCCCAAAUUCCCAGUUUGAGCCAGCCUCACUCUCUCUGCAACUUGCGGCCAUGUAUCGCAUAGCUUCAUCCUUCGCCUCUUCAACUCCUAAGAAGCUGGUCCAUGCUAGGGUUUUAUGCAACAGGAGCUAUGUGGCGCAAGAUCUCACCUUCCAGAUUGGGCCUCGCGCCGCCUUGUUUGAGGUUGCCAAGUUUACCAUGGCCGCUCUGCUGCAACGUGUCUCUCAGCUCGGGGAGGCCUUCAGAGUUACCAUGGGAUCAAAGGUUCCCUCUAUUUUUGCAAAUGGUCAACGAGAGAUUGGAGAGUGCUUAGCAAGGGCAUUGCAGAACGUUGAAAAGAAAGGGCAUGUUUCUUCCCUCAAAGAUUCUGGUAUUGGGGAAAAUAGGAGAGGCAUUUUAGAUUAUCUAGCCACCCUCAGGGGGCAAGAGGUUAUAAGUGAAGAUAACAGUUUCAUUAUCGACAGACUGCUCAUGUCACCCACAUUAAAUCAAUUGAUUCGUCAUAAUAGAACUGAGAAAAGUCGCACAAACCGUAAUCGAGCUUUGGAUAAAUGCCCCCAAAAGCAAGGAGUAUGCCUACGGGUUUUUACAAGAACACCGAAGAAGCCAAAUUCAGCUCUGCGUAAGGUAGCCAAAGUAAGGCUAAGCAAUCGAAAUGAUGUAUUUUCUUACAUUCCCGGUGAAGGUCAUAAUUUGCAGGAACAUUCUAUGGUCUUAAUAAGAGGGGGCAGAGUGAAAGAUUUGCCAGGUGUGAAAUUCCACUGUAUCAGAGGAGUUAAGGAUUUGCUGGGACUUCCAAACCGAAGAAGAGGCCGAUCAAAAUAUGGUGCAGAGAAGCCCAAGAGCGCCUGAAAACAGCCUCUCCUGUUGCCUUUCGUAUUUGGCUGCAUUGCUGAAGUGACUGAAUACUAUAAGAGAGCUGGUGAAAUUUUGAAAACAAAAAUGUUGCAGAAAUAGUAAUAAAAAUGUAGUAUUCUUGUUUGAAAGUUUAGAACAGUGGAUAUAGUAUUCUUGUUAACAGUGGAAUUUGGAUUCUUUGGAUAGUAUGAGGUUCAAAAGAUAUAAAUUUUAUGUGUAGGAAUUCUUCUUACUUUGUAUGACUAAUGUGUGGUUGCAUUGAUUUGUGUUACACUGUUGAAAUCCAGUUGAUAUUCACAGCA